AUGCGCUCAGUUUUCUCUCUUGCGCUGCUUGCGGCCAAUGUGGUCUCUGCUGCUGUAAUCUCCCCUUUUGACUACUCUGGAUACAAGGUCAUCCGUGUCCCUACCCAGAAGAACAAUGUCAAGGAGGUUCAGAGGAUCAUUACAGACCUGGACCUUGACACCUGGAAAUACCCCAAGGCUGAAGGCCAAAAUGCGGAUAUUGUGAUCCCCCCAAGCCAGAUCUCGUCCUUCAUGGAACGUAUUUCUAGAAUGGACAGCGAAAUUAUGCACGAGGAUCUCGGGUUGUCUAUUAGCAACGAAACCACUUUCGAGGCAUACAGUGCUGGCUAUGCUCCUGACAUCAACUGGUUCAAGUCGUACCAUAGCUACCAGGACCAUAUUUCCUACCUACAGGACCUACAGGGUCUCUUCCGCACUCGCUCCGAGUUCAUUGAUGCAGGCAAGAGCCACGAGGGCCGCACCAUCCCAGCCCUUCACCUCUGGGGCAGCGGUGGAAAGAACUCGAAGCCCGCUAUCAUUUUCCAUGGAACCAUUCAUGCUCGCGAAUGGAUCACUACCAUGGUCACCGAGUAUAUGGCUUGGUCUUUCCUCUCCCAAUAUAACAAGAAUGCCGACAUUACCUCCAUUGUCGAUAAUUUCGAUAUCUGGAUCUUCCCAAUUGUUAACCCAGAUGGCUUUUCCUAUACUCAAACCAACAACCGCUUGUGGCGCAAGAACCGUCAGCCAAACCCCAAUGCUAGAUGCCCUGGACGUGAUCUCAACCGCAACUACCCAUACCAGUGGGUCGGACCUGGAUCUUCUUCCAACCCUUGCUCUGAUACAUACAGAGGUGCCCAACCCGGUGAUGGAACCGAGAUCAAGGUCCACAUCGCCAACAUGAAGAAAAUCGCUUCGUACAAGGGUAUUGCUAUGUUUGUUGACUGGCACUCAUAUGGCCAGCUCUUCAUGUCGCCAUAUGGCUACUCCUGCACUGCUCGCCCGCCAACUGAUGCCCGACAUCAGGAACUCUCUAAAAUCUUUGCUCAGGCAUUGAAGGCUGUACACGGAACACCAUACAAGACCGGGCCCAUCUGCAACACCAUCUACCAAGUUAACGGUGACAGUGUUGACUAUGCUCUCGAAGUUCUCAAGGUGAAGUAUUCGUUGACCGCUGAACUCCGUGACACUGGUGCCCGCGGAUUCGUGCUCCCAGCCGACCAGAUCAUCCCAAGUGGUGAGGAGACUCUUGCUGGUACAGUUGCCAUGCUCAAGGCUGCGCUGCGGGGAUAG